UAGCCUUGAGAAAAACGAUGGUUCGAGCCCACAAACAAGCCUGGGUUUGGCAAGAUGAGUGGUGGGGACUCACUAUUAAAGACAUCCGAGAAAUUGAGCGUCAAACUCAAGAAGCUCUAGCUGCAAAGAUGGCGCACGCAAAUGAGCUUGAAGGCGACGGUCCGAAAAGUCCUUUGCCUACACCGACGUUGAAAGAAUCUCCUGUAGAUGUUUCUGAACCGGCUCCGGAAGAAAACCCUGGCACUUCGAUUACGGAUGCCGCACGACUUGUUCUUCGGGUUCCCGAUAGAAGGCCGUCACGAGGAAGCCGUAACCUUGAAGAAGACGUUCUCACUGCGAGAAUGGAAAGCAUUGCUCACGACUCCGAUCAAGGAUCAGAUGCCAGUGAUGAAUUCUACGAUGCCAAGGAUGAGUUUUCGGAAACACUGUCGCUAACUAAGUGGAACUCGAUGGAACUUGUUCCUGACGGGGACAACGUGCAAUGUUCGGGUCCGAGUUGCCCGAAAAGAGAAGAUGUAAGUGCGGAGAUGUCGUCGAAAAAGUCGGAUGUUACUACAUUCCGUGGGGCAUUCGAGUCCGUGAUGAGACAACAUUAUCCGUGCCUUGUUGGACGCGUUGUCGUUCAACUCGUUCCGUGUCCUGCAAUGUGCUCUGAAGCCCUCGGAUUAUUUUCCAGUUUAAGUCCGUAUUCCUUCGACGUGUCGCCAACCGCCAGCGAUGGUAACGUUUCCAUCACCCGAGACGCCAUUCCCAUCGGCGCCGUGCCGCUUUUCAUGACUAAUUCGCCGGAAUAUCACGAUGCAGUCUCCAGAGUCAUUUCACGAGCCAAUUCAGUCUAUCACGAAUUUUUGCGGAGUGAGGAAGGAGUCGGUUUUAGUGGCCAAGUUGUGAUUGUGGGAGAUUCCGCGGGAGCUAUUUUUGCCUACGAUGCUCUGUGCGGACAUGAUCGGCCUGAGAAACGACUGAGUUCGGAGAGCAUUGAUAAGGAUGGACUUCAUGAGCAGCAACACUCAAAGGUGCACGCUAACGUGAGUUGGUACUAUAAUGUGUUGGAAUCGGUUUCGGAGAGCGAGGCCUGGGAACCGGGAAGGAAACCAAGUUGUCAGAAAAGUUUUAGACUUAGCUGCGACAGUCAAGCUGGUCAGCUGGAUUUUGAAGUAUCCAGCUUCUUUCUUAUGGGAUCUCCUUUGUCGAUAAUUUUGGCAUUCCGUCGGAUUCAAAACUCUGAGGACAGGAACGGUAUGCCACCGCGUCCUGCUUGCGGUCAGAUUUACAAUCUUUUCCAUCCUGCUAAUCCGGUGGCCUCGAGAAUUGAGCCACUUUUGGCGACACGUUUUGCUCAGCUGCCGCCAAUACCGAUUCCGCGGUAUUCAAAAUAUCCGAUGGGCGAUGGAACGCCGACUAUUCUU